GUUCAUUUUUUUGUGGUUGUUUUGGUAAGAGAAUCCAGCAUUUUCUUUUAUAAUUGUGCAGGACCUGUACGACAGUUUCCUGGACAUUUCGAGGUUUCUAUGAGAAGGCACUACUGGAGUAUGAAAAGCACAAAAUGCGCUGUGGUGAACUUCCUUUUACUGAUGCUUCCUUUGUAGAACCAUCCGGCGCUGGCAAUCAGGCAGGUACCAGUCAAUCAUCAGGAUCAGGAAGAGCAAGAAGGGAUGCUGCAGCUCGUGCUAUGCAGGGUUGGCACAGUCAGCGUCUCCUUGGCAAUGGAGAGGUUGGAGAUCCGAUUAUCAAGGACAAAAAUUUGGUUUCAACACCAAAGCGUGAAAAGCAGCUGAAAAGCGUUGGUCUGCUAAAACGUAAAAAGGCGUCUCCUGUUGAUCAUCCUCUCCAUGGUGCAAGCAUGAAAGUAUCGAAACCACAACUGGAUACAAUGGUGGUAGAUAUUGGUAACCCGGCCGACUGGGUGAAGAUUAAUGUACAGAGAACAAAAGACUGCUUUGAAGUAUAUGCUUUAGUUCCUGGGCUUUUGCGCGAAGAGGUGCGGGUGCAAUCUGAUCCUGCAGGCCGCUUAGUUAUAUCUGGUCAGCCAGAACAGCUGGAUAAUCCUUGGGGAGUCACUCCAUUCAAAAAGGUAGUCAGCUUACCAUCCAGGAUAGAUCCUCAUCAGACAUCUGCUGUGGUUACCUUACAUGGCCAGUUGUUUGUGCGAGUACCAUUUGAGCAGUCAGACACCUAGAAUUUGGAAAAGGUACAUUGAGCUCCAUUUGCUCUGUCUGGUUAUCUGAAGACACAGAGAGAAGGAGAGAUUGUUGGGGGAAAUGGAGCUACGGAUGUCAAAUUUGCAAUGAAAGUUUGACUUUGUACUGCAAGCUCACAAUGAAGCUUAAAGUUUUUUUUUUUUUUUUUUUUUUUUUUU